GCGAGAGCAGGCUGCAUACCACGGCGGCGCGUCGCGCGCAAACAAAGUCGACAACUGUCAACCACGUUGCAGCUGCGAUCGCACGCGCGCAAUCGCCUGCGAAGCCAUUCAUGGGAUCCCACAAGUUUCGUUGAUGAUCGCGAUGACGUAGUCGGUCUCUCUUGGUACACGUCGCGAUACGCAGUGGAUAUUACGAGCGCGUGCGGACCGAGUGCGUGUUUUUAUACUUGGUGAAAGCCUCUCGAAAUUCCUCCUCGCGAUCGAUGAUGGUGCGUGUUGUUCGCAAUUUCGAUCGGGGUUUGGUGACCAUGGUCUUCUAGAGCGUCUGACAUCGCGUUGGCCAUCGACAGGAAGAACGCGGGUGGAUCUCUCGAGACGUUUCCAGUCACGAAGCCGCCAGGCGUGGAUUCGCGUCGAUUGUCGAGAUCUCGUCGCUUCUCGCCGGAUAGCAACUAUUCUCUUCCUGCUUAGUCGAGAUCUCGAGCUGCCGUUCGAGACUUGGACCGCUGCCGCAAUUUGCUCCGAAUCGGUGGAAUCGUGAUGCUCUCAAGGACAACGUUACCAAGUCCUCGGUGAUCAACCGUUAUCUAAACGAUCGCUCAUUUGUCGAUAAGCAGUAAUUGGGAUCUCGAGAGAGAGGACAAUCGCGCGACCAUGGCGCUGGCCAAGAUCAGGAAUUUCAUCGAUACCAAUCUGAAGACGGUGUCCACACCGUUGGAUCGCACGGUAAAUUUGGAGCCGGAGGUCGGCAUUAGGAUUGUACACUCGCCAAACGAUAAGACGCUCCACGUCACUGUUCUCGGUGCCAGACACUUGCCGCAGAACUUCGGCUUCACCAGAGUCAACAGCUACGUCGUAAAGGUGAAGCUGAUACCUGGCAAGGAGAAAUUCGAGACCACUACAAAAAAUGAAUCCUGGCCACAAUGGAACGAAGGAUUCACUUAUCAUCUACGCAAAGAAACCAAGCAAAAGUUUGGCAAAUCGAAGGUCGUCGAGGAGGAAAUCAACGGAUCCAGAUUCAUCGUCGCGACGCUCUACGCGAUUCUCGAAGACAAACCGCUGAUCGCGACUGAAAAGAAAGAAGAAAAGGAGAAAAAGUCGCCUACUAAAGGAGAUUUGCAGAAGAAAGGCGAAAAGAAGAAGGAGGGUCAAAGCGGUUCCACCGAAAAUCAAGAAUCCACCAAGAACAAGCUUCUCAACCAAUUCUUUGGCAAAGGUUCUGACAAGCUCGCGGAAUCUACGACUGUGGAGAGAAGAGCUUAUGAUAAGAGACGAACCAUUGGCGCGACAACGAUUCCGCUCGAUCCGAAAAAUUUUGCCUGCAAACCACCAAAAUUGAAACAUGCCAGCGAUGUAUCUACGGGAGAUUUGUGGAAACCACUGCGACCAAUUGCAAGUAAUAUCUCAGGUGCCGAGGAAAGAAAGGAGAAUAAAAAAGGACAGGUCGAAUUAUCAUUGUGUCUAUCGAAAGGUGAAAAAGACGAAGAUAGCGGCGGUCAGCUGGUACUGUCUCUCCAUCGUCUGAGAUGUUCGCUUCAGACGAUGCACGAGCACGAGGGUCUGAAAGGACAAAUGUAUCUGAAAAUGUCGGUUGUCGAUAAUGGUCGGGUAACGCAUUUCUGGAAGAGCGACCGAUUCACGCCGACAGUAUCCACGAAAUUUUCACCGGAAACGGCGAGAGUCGUCGCCGACAAUCCGUACAAAGGAGCGCUCAAUGACGUGAGCUUCGUCGUGAAAUUCGUCUCGAAGAAUAAAAUGGGCAAGAAAACUCCCGUAGGCCAUUUCGUACUUGGCCCUGACGUCGGCGGAACUUAUGGCGAACAAUGGAAGCAAGCUCUAGCGAAACCGGGGCAAGAGAUAACAAAGUGGCAAGCGUUUGAAUAAAAAGGAGGCGUACGAGCAAUAAUUUAUUCAACACGAUGAAAAUCAUUGCAACCGUUGCACUAUACGUACUUUCCUUUUAGAUAUCUAGAGACACGGGCAGUGAAAAUGAGAGCACUAUAUACGUGCGCUAUAAAUAUUUGAGAUACUGAUCGAUAAAGCUAUUCCAAAGAAUACUAUAGAUAUAUACGUAAAUUCGAACAUUAUUACGUGUACAUUUCUCUUGUUACGUACAUUUACGUUUUAGGAUGUCUGUUGUCGAUUUUACAUGAGAUAAAUUUAUUUUUAUUAUACGUAAAUUUAUUUUAUGUUUAUACACAAAUUGCACAGAUUCUGCAUUGCACACAAACCCUUUUAAUCGUCCUCGAUUCUAUAAAGGAGAGAACUGAAUAUUAUUCUGCUUCGAGUUCGAAAAAAUGUAACCGUCCGUAAAGUAAGUAAGAACUCUUGUCUAAUACAUACAUGUAUAGUUAAAAAGAAAUAAUCGUAAUGUUAUAAGUACAACAUAUCAUACUUUGUAAGAUUGCGAGAACAUAAGUUCACCAUGUUAAUAUGUUAAGUAAUAUUUUUGUUAAUACUGAAAUAAUUUCUAUUUAAAAUUUAAAAUAUUCAAGAGACAUUAUAUUGUUGCUUACAAAAAUGUACUUUGAAAAAUGAUAUACUUUUUUGAUAAAAUGAUAAAAUGAAAAAUCUGUACUAUAGUUUUAUACGUAAUGUUAAAUGCUCAUUUUUAUUAUCGCACUAGUUAUAAACGAAACAAGCGAUCAAUAUUUGGAAUCGAUAUUUUAAUAAAAUUAAAAGCCAUUUUAAAUUGUGAUAAAUCGAAAUAUCCACUAAUUAUUUGUACAUUUUAUAACAAGUAAAGUAUUUAAUAUAUGUAAAUGAUAAAACAACGCAGCAAUCUCACGAAAUAUAUCUCUAUAAUUAAACUAUA